AUGGAUAGUUGCAACAUAGGAAGUUGGAAUGUUAGGGGAUUGAAUAACAAGGAUAAGCAAGAUUCAGUGUUGGAGUUUUGCAAUGUGAAUAAAAUUGGAGUAGGGGGUGUGUUAGAAACUAAGUUGAAAGGGAAUAAAGUUCAGGAGUUGAUGGAUAAAAAAUUUGCUAACUGGGAUUUCUUUAAUAGCCCUACGGUUGAGGGCAGGUUGUUGAUUAUAUGGAGGAAGGGUUUUGUUCGAGUUAUAGUAAUUGCUGAAUCGUCUCAACAUGUUCACUGUGUGGUUAAAAUGGCUGGUCAAGCUAAUGCUUUUUGUCUCACAUUUGUUUAUGGUUUUAAUACCAUUGAAGAUAGGAAGACUCUAUGGAAAAAUCUGGUGCAACUUAAAUUUCCUAUUUCACCAUGGUUAAUUCUUGGGGAUUUUAACUCAAUCUUUAAUGUUGAUGACAGAAAUGGAGGGAAUCCCAUUACGCAAAAUGAAAUGGUUGACUCUAAUCAAUGGUUAGCUCAGACUAAUGUUGUAGCUCUCAAAAGUUAUGGUUCGAUUUUCACUUGGACUAACAACCAAGUUGGCACCAAUAGAAUCUAUUCCAAGAUAGAUCAUGUAUUUGUCAAUGAGGAGUGGCAUGAUUUCUUUCCUAACACUGCAGCUCGUUUUAGUUGGGAAGUAAUCUCAGAUCAUUGUUCAUGUGUUGUUUCAGCUACAUCUACAGAGGCAAUUAGGAUCAAGCCAUUUCGGUAUUACAAUUUCUGGGCUGAUCAUCACGAUUUCAAGACCAUAGUGGAGCAAAAUUGGAAGAGACCGAUGGCUACUAGAGGAUUAAAAGGGGUUUACUUAAAACUUAUGAGAGUAAAGCAUUGCCUCAAGAAAUUUAAUCAUGAAGUGAUUGGUGAUAUUGGGAAAAGUUAUCAGGAAGCUAAAGCUUGUUACAAUGAGGCUAAAUAUCAGGCUCAAUCUCAUCCGAGAGACAUGAUUUACCAGGAUCAAGAAGCUAUAGCAGCUGCAAAUUUUGAUACUCAAGAGAAAAUGUACCAUAAGUUUCUCAGACAGAGGAGCAAAAUUACUUGGCUGCAAAAAGGAGAUUCCAAUACCUCUUAUUUUCAUGCUUGUCUGAAGAAGAGAAAAAUGGAAAACAGAAUAACAACAUUCAUUACAGACCAAGGUAUGAUUAAUGAUAAUUUUUCUGAAGUUGUGGAGCAUUUUCUCAAUCAUUUCCGCAUCUAUAUGGGCAGCAGUAGUUCAAUCAAUACCAGGUUAAACAUGAGUUGUAUUGAGUAG